UAAAGUGUAUGACUACGUGUGUUAAACAUCUGCUCAUAUCGGCCAAUAUCCCACAAUCGGAGCUGGCUCCAGUCCUUCCUCCCUCAAGUUUCUUCCCAUAGGCUAGCCUAUUCUCUCCGGCCGCAAUCACACACUAUUGGCCCGGUCAGGUGACAGGCUUUGGGGAAGGUGGCCAGCCUCGUUCUCGCUUUCCAUCAUUUAACACGCCAUCGCCAACCGGGAGUGCACGGGAACGGGAUAGAUCAUCGGAUUUAUCGGAAUAUUUUCCAGAUAUUGGACGAAACUGAUUUAGAGUCAACGGCAUGGGCGAGCGAACGGCAUUUCUGCUGUUAUGGGUUGCGACCUUGACGCUGGCAUCUGAGGUGCCUUCUGAUGACUCAGUGGGUCUGCUGGCAGAGCCCCAGGUAGCCAUGUUCUGUGGGAAAUUCAACAUGCAUGUCAACGUUCAGAGUGGCAAGUGGGAGUCGGAUCCCUUCGGCACCAAGAGCUGCAUCGGAACCAAGGAGGGCAUCCUGCAGUACUGUCAGGAGGUGUACCCUGAGCUCCAGAUCACUAACGUGGUGGAAGCCAACCAGCCAGUCAGCAUUCAGAGCUGGUGCAAGAAGGGACGCAAGAAGGGACGCAAGGAGUGUAGCAGUCACACACACAUCGUGGUGCCCUACCGCUGCCUGGUUGGAGAGUUUGUGAGUGAUGCCCUGCUGGUUCCUGAUAAGUGCAAGUUCCUGCAUCAGGAGAGAAUGGACAUGUGUGAGAGCCACCUGCACUGGCACACCGUGGCUAAAGAGUCCUGCGGAGACCGCACCAUGAAUCUCCAUGACUACGGGAUGCUGUUGCCAUGCGGCAUUGACCGUUUCCGAGGGGUGGAGUUUGUGUGUUGCCCAGCGGAGACACAGCGCGAGUCAGACAGUGUGGAGCUGACUGAGUCUGAUGUGUGGUGGGGUGGAGACGAGACUGAAUAUACCGAUAACAACAUGCCUCGCCAGGCGGAUCAGGGGGCUGUCACCACUGAGGAGGAUGACGAAGAGGAUGCCUUUGACAGAGACGAGGACGGAGAUGGUCUUGAGGAUGAUGAUGAUGACGAUGAGGAUGACGUGACCGAUGAACGGGACAGUGGUGAAGGCACCUCCAACAUCGCCAUGACAACCACCACCACGACCACCACUGAGUCGGUUGAGGAAGUCGUCAGAGAGGUGUGUUGGGCCCGUGCUGAGUCGGGCCCGUGCCAUGCAAUUCUGGAGCGUUGGUACUUCGUGCCAGAGAAGGGCACCUGUGCCCCCUUCCUCUUUGGAGGGUGUGGGGGCAACCGGAAUAACUUUGACUCAGAGGAGUACUGCCUGUCUGUCUGCAGCACCAGUGUGUUGCCCACCACGGCCCCCUCCCCCCCUGGCGCGGUGGACCGUUACCUGGAGUCUCCCGGAGACGACAGCGAACACGCCAACUUCCAGCAGGCCAAGGAGAGUCUGGAGGCCAAGCACCGCGAGAGGAUGUCUCAGGUGAUGAGAGAGUGGGAGGAAGCAGAGAGACAAGCCAAGAGUCUCCCUCGCGCUGACAAGAAGGCAGUCAUCCAGCACUUCCAGGAGAAGGUGGAGGCCCUGGAGCAGGAGGCAGCAGGAGAGAGGCAGCAGCUGGUGGAGACUCACAUGGCCCGGGUGGAGGCCCUGCUCAACAGCCGCCGCCACAUGGCCCUGGAGAACUACCUCGGCUCCCUGCAGGCCAACCCACCCAGGCCUCGUCAGGUGCUUGGCCUGUUGAAGAAGUAUGUCCGUGCAGAACAGAAGGACAGACAACACACCCUGAAACACUACGAGCACGUCCGCAUGGUGGACCCCAAAAAGGCUGCUCAGAUCCGACCCCAGGUGAUGACCCACCUGCGUGUGAUUGACGAGAGGAUGAACCAAUCCCUGGGGCUGCUCUACAAGGUGCCCAGCGUGACCAAUGAAAUCCAAGACCAAGUUUCUGUCCUGAUGCAGAGGGUUCAGUCAGAGCUGUCUCAGCAAGUCUCAUCUCUGCAGAGCGAUGGGAGGAGUGAUGGCAGGGUGAGCUAUGGAAACGAUGCCCUGAUGCCUGACCAGGCUUACAGCUCUGCCCCUCUGGACCCUGGCAUGGGCCUGGAUCGACUGGGCUUCAUCCACCCAGAGAGCUUCAAUCAGCCCAACACUGACAACCACGUUGAUCCUGUUGAUGCUCGUCCAGUCCCAGAUAGAGGUCUGCCCACUCGGCCUGUGUCUGCUCUGAAGCCUGAGGAGGUUCCUGAGGUGCGGGUAGAGAAGGAGGAGCGGCAAAGCGCCAGCUAUGAAGUGCAUCAUCAAAAACUGGUGUUCUUUGCUGAGGAUGUGGGCUCCAACAAGGGUGCCAUCAUCGGCCUAAUGGUGGGCGGGGUUGUCAUAGCGACAGUCAUCAUCAUCUCUCUGAUUAUGCUGAGGAAGAAGCAGUAUACCUCCAUCCACCACGGAAUCAUUGAGGUGGAUGCUGCAGUGACCCCAGAGGAGCGUCACCUGUCCAAGAUGCAGCAGAAUGGCUAUGAGAACCCCACCUACAAGUUCUUCGAACAGAUGCAGAACUAAGGAGCUACCCGUUGACCCCUCCCAGACCCUGAACUUCCUUUAACCCCUCACACCUAGGGCCCGUUCCAUUUUGGUCCAUAAACCCCUCACACCUAGGGCCCGUUCCAUUUUGGUCCAUAAACCCCUCACACCUAGGGCCCGUUCCAUUUUGGUCCAUAAACCCCUCACACCUAGGGCCCGUUCCAUUUUGGUCCAUAAACCCCUCACACCUAGGGCCCGUUCCAUUUUGGUCCAUAAACCCCUCACACCUAGGGCCCGUUCCAUUUUGGUCCAUAAACCCCUCACACCUAGGGCUCGUUCCAUUUUUGUGCAUAAACCCCUCACACCUAGGGCCCGUUCCAUUUUGGUCCAUAAACCCCUCACACCUAGGGCCCGUUCCAUUUUGGUCCAUAAACCCCUCACAUCUAGGGCCCGUUCCAUUUUGGUCCAUAAACCCCUCACACCUAGGGCCUGUACCAUUUUGGUCCAUAAACCCUUCUCUUACUCUAUUGCUGUCAAUGGAUCUGAAAGGACUGAGUAGGUAAAACCAGUAUGACUGAAGUGCCAGAAAAAUCUAGAAUGAAUUGGGUUUGAAAUAGUUGUAGUCAUAUUACUUCCAGCUAUCCAGGGGUGGUCCCAAUGAGCUGGGGGCUGAAAUACAACCUAGCCACACUCACCCUUCAUCCUUUCCUCGUAAAGUGCAGCACAUCAACAUUCAUAGCUGCUAUUGGUCAGACAAGGAUAUCCUCAUUCACCUGCAUAUUUUUCUAUAAUAUCCUGUCGUGUUUGUACAGAACAGAGAAGCUCAUUGAUUGAUUAAUCUGUCCGUCUAUCUGUGGGUGAGCCCUCCCCCUCAGGAUAGCACUCGCAGGUCUAAGAGGGUGAAACAGAGGCCCCAAAUAUCCCUGCAACUUCCUGCCUCUUCCUCACUCACUCUGACUACUCUCCCCUCCCCCUCCAUCUCUCCCAAGCACUCUUCUCCCCUCCCUCUCUCUCAGAUGACAGCUGUGCUGUGUUUAGUGAUGACAUAAUAGCUCUUAACACUAGCGAAGGGAGGAGGGGCUCAGUCUAACCUGAGCUCCUCUCUGUGGGAUCAUACCACAAGGGAAAAGGGGCUCAGUCUGCCCUGAGCUCCUCUCUGUGGGAUUAUACCACAAGGGAGGAGGGGCUCAGUCUGCCCUGAGCUCCUCUCUGUGGGAUUAUACCACAAGGGAGGAGGGGCUCAGUCUUCCCUGAGCUCCUCUCUGUGGGAUUAUACCACAAGGGAGGAGGGGCUCAGUCUGCCCUGAGCUCCUCUCUGUGGGAUUAUACCACAAGGGAGGAGGGGCUCAGUCUGCCCUGAGCUCCUCUCUGUGGGAUUAUACCACAAGGGAGGAGGGGCUCAGUCUGCCCUGAACUCCUCUCUGUGGGAUUAUACCACAAGGGAGGAGGGGCUCAGUCUGCCCUGAGCUCCUCUCUGUGGGAUUAUACCACAAGGGAGGAGGGGCUCAGUCUGCCCUGAGCUCAUCUCUGUGGGAUUAUACCACAAGCGUUUCAGGUUUUUUUUCCAGAAAAAUGUAUAAAAAAACAAAAAUAUAUAACUAAUACAUCAGAAAUAUGUAAAAGGCAAAGAAAUAUUGAAUGUUUUUAUUUUGUGCGUAAUGUAUUGAAAUAAGGCAGAAAAAACUAGCUGUAACUAUAUGUAGUGCAUGGUGAUAUUGAUGCCAGAUAUACGUAGAGAAGCUGGCUCCUGUCACAGGACUGGGCCUCUCAUAUAGACUUUUAGCAGGAUUGUACAUUUUCUGUGUCUUCUUUGUGAUCUUAUGAUAUGAAGAAGAGAGGAGAAAAAAAGUAUUUAGAAUCUGGUCCGCUUUGUUGUCACUGCGACAAUCUUUAAACAGAACCUGUGCUCUCCUUUGUUUCCAGCCCCUUCCUCGCUCUGUUACCUACAUGGACCCAAUUAUCUCUAUCUAUAUGUAGCUAAUAUAAUGAUGUGUAAUAGUAUCUGAAAGGAAGUCGAUCUGUUUAAUUUAGUCUGGGUGUUACUGCUCUGUUUGUUGGUUUAUGUCCCUUAAAUAUUCCACGACGAGGAAUUGUUUCAGCUACAUUCAUCAUUCCAGAAAUCUCAGCAUUCCACCCUCUUUCCUCAUUCCUAUAUAGUCUGUGAACAUCAUUAAUGGAAACAGAUAUCAUUAUUAUGUUUUCUUUCUCAGGCUUUCAGGCUCUCUUUCGAACUCUCCUUUCCUCUAGUCUAUCCCAUAGACCUCAACCCCCACUACCAGCCCUGCUCCUCUAUCCAUGCUGUCGGCUUGUUGUGUGAACUAUGUUGAAUUGAGAGAGAGGGGGGGGAUUGGGUGUGUCAGAUUUGUACAUUCUAAUCAUCAAACACUUAUUCCCUCCACAAUGUCUCACACAGAACAUACACUAUUUUUCCAUGACAGACUGACCAGGUGAAAGCUAUGAUCCCUUAUUGAUGUACAUGUAUCAAACAACCAAGGAAAGAUAAGAAAAACUCUUCUUGUUCUGUGGUGGAUAUCCCCCUCUUGCUUGUUUUGUCAAAUCUCUCAUGUCUCAGACAUCCUGGCUUUAAAAGCAGAGGCUAAAGAAAUACUGAUCUCAGACUAGUUAUAUUGAUCUUGGGACAAAGUGCGUGAGGCAAAAUACAGGGACACUGUUCAGAAAGGAGCAACUGCACAGGACUUUCAGAUAUACAUGUGUUAUGUGGAACAGAUGUCAUUCUGUCAGGUAGUUUUGUGUUACAUUUCCAUCUGCAACAUUCUGAAUGUUUCACCGAGCUGAAAGCACCCCAGAUCUGGGAUCAGUAUUGAGGCCGUAGUAGACGAGACAUUCCCCAUACCCAAAUGGAGCCUCCAAUAGACAUGAAUGUGACAUUCAUAUUGUGCAAUUAUGCCACAGAUCUACAUACUACUACACUCCCUCCCUACACACAAACUGAAGCUCUUAAAUCAGGUAAAUGUUUUGGUGUUAUCAAGGAUACUUGUACAGGGUAUCUCCAGGGGUUAGUGGUUUCAUUUGUUCAUUUUGUGACUUUUUCUGUGUACCUAUACAAAUCAUUUGCUUAGACUGAGAACGCUUUCUACACUUCCCAUCAAUAAAAUGUUGAAUGUACAUACAAA